GAUUCAACUUUCUUCUUUUUCCUUUUACGUUGGAGAAAAAAGAGUGAACUAUGCAAGUUCAGCUACAUAGAACGGAUCUAAUAUCGAUGCAUUUUGGAACUCCUCAAACAGACCACGUUUCAACCUGCUGAUGAAUAAUAACAUAGAUACACAUAUAUACACUAUAUAUUCAUUCAAUAUGUCGUUGAUCUUUUUCACGAUGUCAACUAUUUAAUACGUUCACCUUCGUGUUUUUUCGUCGACUCCAAUAACAAAAAUACGGUUCAUUGAGAGAGAGCUUCUCUGGUUGAUUCUAAACUGGAAUUUUUAUUAUGAAGAGUAAUAGCAUCGAACUGCACGAGCUGUAAAUAAAAGUUUGAUCUUGCAACCAUGUGGGCAGAUACUAUCCUGAUUUUAUUUAUCAGUAUAUGCACGGCAUUACUGGGCGAAGGAUUAACAUGGUUGAUGGUGUACCGAACUGAGAAGUAUCAAAAACUGAAAGCCGAAGUCGAAAAGCAGAGCAAAAAGCUGGAGAAAAGAAAAGAAGCUCAUGGCGAUUCCUUAGACAGGCAACAGAAGAAGAAAAUCGAACGGGAAGAGGAGAGGUUGAAGAACAAUAAUAGAGACUUGUCUCUCGUGAAGAUGAAGUCGAUGUUUGCAAUCGGGUUUGCAUUUACGGCGCUGCUAAGUAUGUUCAACAAUAUAUUCGACGGGCGAGUAGUUGCCAGAUUGCCAUUUGUCCCAAUCAGCUGGAUACAAGGUCUAUCGCACAGAAAUCUCCCAGGCGAUGAUUACACGGAGUGCUCGUUCAUAUUUUUGUAUAUAUUGUGUACUAUGAGCAUCAGACAGAACAUCCAGAAAAUGCUUGGCUUUGCGCCAUCCAGAACUGCAAGCAAGCAGAGCGGCAGUAUCUUCGGACCUCCGCCUCAACAAUUUAAGUAAAAUUUAACGAACUAUUAUUGUUUACAGAGUGGUGAUUUACAAAGAUUUGUACAUCUUACUGUGUAUAAAAUUAUGUUAAAAUUAUGUUCCAAUUUUGAUAACUCCUCAUGCUACUUGGUAGGUCAUUGAAUUAUAUUUAAAUGUCUUCGAAUUUUCCUAUAUAUUUCCUGUAUGUUUGAAUUUAAAAUAAUGUAAUUAUUAUUAAGCUUAUUGAAAUAUAUGUUACAAUCUUGUUUGUUAAA